AUGAAGCUACACAGGAUACUCUACGUUCUGGGGUUUCUCAUUCUUUGCCAAGGUGAGGAGGAGAGCGGGGAGUCUGAAUCGGAGCCAGAAUUGUGCGAUAACUUCACAGACUUGAAUCUUUCUCACUGUUUCAUGGGGACGUCUUUAUACGUGCGCCUGCUCCUCUACACUCGCUCUAAUAUGUACUGUGGACGUGAACUUCGCCAUCGAAACCCCUCAAGCCAGCCCCUCUUCGACCCCAAGCGUCCCACGGCCUUCGUCAUACACGGAUACAGGCCCACGGGAGCGCCCCCUAGCUGGAUCGACCGGGUGGUGCAGGUGCUGUUGGCCCACGACGACAUGAACGUGAUCGUGGUCGACUGGAACAAAGGAGCGGCCAAUCUGAAUUAUUUCAUCGCUGUCACCUACACCAGAGACGCAGCGCAAAAUCUCACCGACUUUAUCAUCACUAUGCAGGAGGAGGGAGCGUCUCUGGACAACAUCCACCUGAUCGGGGUCAGUCUGGGGGCUCACCUCGCCGGGUUUGUGGGCUCAAAUCUCAAAGGGAAGAUCGGACGCAUCACAGGCUUAGACCCGGCUGGCCCCAUGUUCACCAGCGCCGGACCAGAUGAGAGACUGGACCCAAGCGACGCUCAGUUUGUGGACGUCCUGCACACGGACAUGGACUCAUUUGGACUGAGAGGAGCCCACGGUCACAUCGACUUUUACGCAAACGGAGGAGCCGACCAACCGGGCUGUCCCAAGACCAUCUUUGCAGGGAAGUCAUAUUUUGUGUGUGACCACCAGAGGGCGGUGUUCCUGUACCUCUGCGCUCUGAACCAGACCUGCUCCAUCACCGCGUUUCCCUGCUCGUCCUACAGCGACUUCCUGGACGCCAAAUGUCUCCAGUGCGAAGCCUUCAAACCCGCCCCCUGCCCUAAACUGGUUUACGACUUGAGCCCGUGGAGAGAGGCUCUGAUCCGAAUGGGCCAAACCAAAGUGUUCUUCAGCACCUCGUCUUCUCUGCCGUACAGGAAGCUGAGUUACAGAGUCGACUUUGUCACGUGGAACCAGUACCUGCGCUGGGGAGUGGUCUACAUUCGGCUUCACAGCAGCAAGAGCUUCACAGAGGCCCGAGUCGACCAUAAACUCCUUCGUUUUGAGCAGUACACGUCCACUCGGCUGCUCGCUGAGUUUGACGACGACAUUUCCAAUAUUCAGAAAAUCUCCAUGAGGAUCAACACCGGGAACGUGAUCGGACCUCGCUACAAAAUCAGACUCGUCAGGGUCCGAUUCACCCCCCUGGACCAGCCUGACAGGCCUGUGAUGUGCAGAUUCGACAUCAUCAUGGAGGAAAACAUGGACGUGUCUUUUCGACCUUUGCCCUGUAACACAAACUGACCCCGGAUCAGCCACAAGGAUAAAAAAAAACCAAUACAUUUUACAGACUCAUCAGAUUUUAAUACUUGAAGAAAUACGCAAAAACAUACAUAAAAUAAUGACGGACCACGUGAAAAUCAAGUGCAUUUUGUGGUAUUGAGCGCCACCUAGUGUAUGUUUACAGGACUGACCAAAAUACAAGUCAAGAACUGCUCACUGAAAUUUAAAAUGGCGCAAACAUUACAUUUUAUAUAUUUUUUAGGACUUCUUCUCUUUAUUUAUUUCUUUUUUUUAAACUUUAUUUUAUUUAAUGUUUUCCUCUCAACGAAUGAAGCGACACGAUUAAUUAAAUUGUGUUGUUUGGCGCCACCUAGAGGGAUAUAAAGGACUCGUAAACUGCAUUUUUAUUAGUAGGAAACUUACAAAUUGUGGUUAUUUAAUAGACAAUAGUGAAAUAUAAAUGAGGGAUUAAAUUUGAAUAUUAAACAACGCAAAAGCUUUUUAGAAUUACUGCUACUCUGGGCCAAAAGGGGGGUUCACUUACCUUUUUUUUUUUUUUUUUUUUUUGUCUUUUUUUUUAUAUAUUAAUACAAGAAACAAAACAAGAUACUUCCACUGUGUAUAAUUAUCACAAAUGUGCCUUGUUUGCAGCAGCAUUAAUUUGAGUUGUGUUAAAAGACUCAACUUCCCAUGAUGCUUUGAGCGAGAGUGAGCCGUUAUGUUUGUGCAUUAACGCCGCAAUGACGUUUUUAAAGUGUUAUUUUUAGUUUAGUUUUAGUGUAAAGAUUAGAAAUUAACAUUUAGGACAACAGAGCGGCAUCCAGUCACAUUGUAUGUAAAUUGUCUUUUGUAUUUUUGGAAAUAAAAUGUUACGGGUUUUUUUUAA